AUUGAAGAUGUUUGCUUUAUUGCCUCUCAGAAUUACCCACCUUGAAUUGAAGUGCUAAUUGCUAUCCAUAUAAAGAAAUUUUUAUUUUUUUUCUGUUAUCAUUAGUUUUCCCUCUUGCUCAAGCUUUGGGAUGUUAAGAGCAAAACUUGAAGUACUUUUCAGCCUCAUGGUCCUUGCUUUCUCUUUCUUUCUUGAUGCUUGUAUGGCUAGAGCUAAAUACAAGCCUUGCCUCCCUUUUUCUUCUUGUGGAAACCUCAGUACUUCAUACCCUUUUCCAUUAAAUAGUGACCCUGUUGAGUGUGGUGAGCCAGGGUAUGAACUAGUAUGCGAUAAUAAUCGCACAACUUUGGUCACAAAAGAGGGGACAUUCUUUGUUGAGAACAUCACAAACUCUAGUGUUCGACUGGUUGAUGCCAGUCUUCAGAGGGAUAUCUGCUCCAUUCCUCGUAGUUCCCUUCUUCUUGAAGGCGCUUGUUGGAACAUGCUUCUUUCUAACUAUCUUGUGUAUGUUUUAAAUUGCAAUAUACAGAUGAAUUCAUCACUCUAUGUUGAUGCCUCUGCUUGUACCAAUAGCUCUUUAUCUCCAUAUAAUUACCUUUUUGUCUUCAAUGAACUAGCACAGUUAUCUGAUUUCAAUGAGUCGUGCAAAAUUGAAGCCCAAUUUCCAAUUUUUUUCUCUAAUAUCACAGGCCUAUCGGCUUCUGCUAUUUACCAUAAGUUGCUAGAGGGUUUUGAACUGAAUAAGGAUUGGUUCUCCUUGAAUAACAACACCUGCAUCUUUUCAAACAAACUUACAUUGAAGGAGAUAUUAGGACCAGUGAAGUAUGCAUUAGAAUCAUAUCUAGACAGCUUUAUAUUUUUCCUUCUGGGUGGCCCCCAUGUAAAGGAUAACACGAAUUUUCCACCAAACAGUACUCAUAUUAAAUGUCUUGGAAUAAUAGGAAAGCUUCAAAGUGGACAUUUUGUAGCUAUAAAAUUACUGGGCAUGUCAAAAUCAGAUGGCCAAGAUUUCAUCAAUGAAGUUGCUACCAUGGGUAUGAUUCAUCAUGCUAAUGUCAUGCAACUCAUUGGAUUUUGUGUUGAAGAAUCAAAACAAGCUCUAGUAUAUGAUUUCAUGCCUAAUGGGUCCAUGGAUAAAGUCAUAUUUUCAAGAGACAAUAACAUAUCUUUAGGUUGGGAAAAAAUGUUUGAGAUUGCUAUUGGGGUGGCUAGGGGGAUUGAAUACUUACAUCAAGGAUGUGAAAUGCAGAUCUUAUAUUUUGACAUCAAGCCACACAAUAUCCUUCUGGAUGAGAAUUUUAAUCCUAAAGUUUCUGAUUUUGGCCUUGCAAAACUAUAUCCUACAAAUGAUGGUGUUGUUUCUCUCACUGCAAUAAGAGGUACAUUAGGAUACAUGGCUCCUGAAUUAUUCUACAAGAAAAUUGGAGGCAUCUCAUUGAAACCUGCUAUUCGUCCUUCAAUGAGCAAAGUCUUGGAGAUGCUUGAAAGUGAAGUUCAGCUACUUGAAAUGCCUCCCAAGCCUUCUUUUGUUCCAUCUAAAUUGCAGACUGCAAAUCAUGUCAAUAUAAAUGUCAACAUAAGUCAAGCAGCCCAGCCAACUAUGAACAAUCAGAUUCAAUCACAAUUUGGCUUAAUGCAAGAUCUUGAGCCCACUGCAAUGCUUUUCGCUGACUACAGGCCUUGGCAAUCUCUGCGGGGGCCCUACCUUGGCCCGUGCAAGCCAUCACAGCCACCACUUCACGACGUUGCCCCAUCCUUAUUAAUCUUUAUGAAGCCCUCAGCCUGUGGUCGCCAUUUCGUUUCACUGUGCAACAGAGUAGAAGCUGCCCCUCACCCUUUCGAGGCCAUCAACUGCCGGUAUUCACCUAGAAAACCGGAGCUCUGUUCGAUUACAUAUAGAGGGGUAGGGUGACGACCAUUCCAUAGAGUAUCAUUACGACAACCCCAAAGUUUCCAACACACAACACAAAAAAACUAGAGAGACUCCUUAGUUAGGGUGUCCAGCAUAUGGUCAAAGACUUCUGCAAAGGCCUCAGCCUGUAAUUCUUGUAAUCGGAGAGUGAGAGGACAACCUAUCCUGCAUUGUUUAUUAAGUAAAGGGGCUUUUUACGACUCGAAUAUAUCAAUCUUCAAAUGUUGUACUUUGAUAUAUCUGAUCGCAUAUGGUUUCUUAAUGAAAUAAGAUUACUCUG